UCUACUCCACAAACCACAAAAUUUCCCAUGGCUGUUGACAUCGCUGACUACAUCUUCUUGCUCUUCUUCUUCCUCUUCUCCACCCUCAUCUUCUCCAUCUUCCAUUCAUCCAAAAGAAAGCCCGCGCGAAGCCCGCCGAGCCCACUGGCCCUCCCCAUCCUCGGCCACUUCCACCUCCUCAGCGCCGCCCUGCCGAAGUCCCUCGAGGCCCUAGCCCGCCGCUAUGGCUCCCUCAUGCAAAUCAGCAUCGGCUCGUCCCGCUUCCUUGUCGCGUCCGAUGCCGCCACUGCGCAGCAGAUCCUAAGGGCUCAUGAUGUCGAGUUCGCCUCCAAGUUCGUCUUCGCGCCCUCCCACCACAACAUCUUCAAGGAGGCCGAGUUCGUGAACGCUCCCUACGGCACGUACUGGAAGUUCAUGAAGCGGCUGUGCAUGACCAAGCUCUUCGCGGGUCCGCAGCUCGAGAGGUUCUCGCACAUACGUGAGGACGAGACAAUGAAGCUCUUGAGGUCCUUAUGGAAGUGCCACCAGCUCGGCGAGCCGUGCAACCUGAGCACGAAGCUGACCGCGCUGACGAACAACAUGCUGUGUCGGAUGGCAAUGAGCAAGAGAUGUUCAAGGAGCGGUGAUCAGGCGCAUGAGAUCAGAGAGAGGGUGAGGGAUACGAUGGCGUGUGGUGCGAGGUUAAGCUUCGCGGAGGUGCAUGGGCCGUUGAAGCACGUCGACCUGUUCGGGAACGGGAAGAGGCUGAGGACAGCGCUGAGGAAGUUCGAUGCGUUGAUCGAGCAGAUAAUUAAGGAGUACGAAGAUGACUGUGGGGAGGUGAGUGAAGAGAAAGAUGUGAUGGACAUCUUGUUGGAGACGUAUAGAGACCCCAAUGCUGAGAUCAGGUUGACCAGAGAUCAGAUCAAGCAUUUCUUCCUAGAUCUUCUGAUAGCGGGCGUCGAUACCACAUCGGCAUCGAUGCAGUGGGCCAUAAUUGAGCUAUUGAAACACCCUCAGUUGCUCAAGAAGCUGAGGAAGGAGAUUGACUCGGCGGUAGGGUCGACCCGGCUAGUCAACGAAUCGGACGUCCAGAACCUGCCUUACCUACAGGCCGUCGUGAAGGAAACCCUGAGGCUACACACUCCAGGGCCUUUGCUCCGUCGCAAAUGCAACAGCGAUUGCGAGAUCAACGGAUACGACAUAAAGGCUGGGACCAACAUCUUGAUCAAUGCCUAUGCCAUCAUGCACGACCCGGGCACUUGGGAAAAUCCGGAUGAGUUUGUCCCCGAGAGGUUCAUGGUGGGCGAAGGUGAUGAUCAUCAUAUGGAGCUGAAGGGCCAGGAUUUUCAUUACCUUCCGUUUGGUAGCGGGAGGAGGGCGUGCAUCGGUGUGGCUCAUGCCGCGAUAGUGAUGCACACGGCAAUCGGGGGGCUGAUUCAGUGCUUCGAUUUGAAAGGAGGAGAGAAGGUGGAUAUCAAACUGGUGACGGGAUAUUCCGGUGCGAUGGCGAACCCGCUCGUGUGUUAUCCGAUCGGAUUGUUGAACCCGACUGUCUUGCAUGCAAAAUAGAACAACAAUGGACUAAGGAUAUUAAUAUGUCUCUAUCUCUAUGUAAUGCCAGGGUAAAUAAGGGUUUGUUUAUAUAAUGUUGUUCCUGGAGUGUGAAACAGUUUCAUCUUAAGCAAUGUGGUCUAUUUCCUUCAA